AUGAAUUCUCAAGCACAAUUUAGAUAGGACAACAAAAUGUAGAUUCAUUUUUCUCGACCUUCAUCUAGAAAUAAUAGUUUUCUACCUGAAAUUGUUUAGACACCAUCCUAUAAUUAAUUUCAAAAACAGUAAAGCAACUCAAUCUUCAACUCUUCAAAAGGAAUGGAUUAGCUUAACUUAUUCAAAAUUUCUUAGACCGAAUCAAAUAUAGAUCAGAUAACUUCACGUACAGAAAUAUAACGUAAAGAACUUAUUAGAGAAAUAUUUAGAUAGGAUAAGAAACAUAUAGCACUUAAACCAUUAAUUAAAUAAUAAGAAUCUACUCAUAGAAAUAGAUUAAGAAGAGAUGAUCAAAUAGAAGAUUAACAAAUAUAAUUAAAAAGCAUUCUUAAAAGAAAAAGCUCUAACAGUAGAGAACAUGCUGAUAUUUUUGAUUUCUUUGAAUAAGAUAAUUAGGAUUUAAAAUAAUAAUAAUAAAAACCAAUUUUCAAUAGACUAAAACAUAGUAAAUAGGUAUCUCUUCAACCAAUAGAAAAGGAUGACUAUUCACCUCCAUUAUAUAAUCCAGGAAAGAAAAUAGUUUCUUUUAAUAAAUAAAUUUAAAUUAAAGUAAUUGAUCCAAAUGAGGAAAAACCAAAAUCUAAUUAAAAAACAUUUAGAAGAAUGUACACAGUUGCAGAUCUUUUAGAUAAAUCAUGA